CGGAACUGUCGUGCUGACAACUCUGGCAAGAGAAUCGUGGGGGGUGUUUGUUGUUCUUCCGCAGCUUUGGUUGAGUCUGUAGCAUUAUGGCGGCCUCGGGCCUUCCGCCGCUUCCCGCACAGUUCAAGGCUGUUCAGCAUGUCCUGAGAACCGCGCAGGAGCUCGACAAGCGGGAGCCUGUGGUGGCCUAUUAUUGCCGUUUAUAUGCAAUGCAGACGGGCAUGAAGAUUGAUAGUAAAACCCCAGAGUGUCGCAAAUUUUUAUGCAAGCUCAUGGAUCAGCUUGAAGCUAUGAAGAAACAUUUGGGUGAUAAUGAAGCUAUUACUCAAGAAGUCGUUGGCUGUGCUCAUGUGGAGAAUUAUGCACUGAAAAUGUUUCUCUAUGCAGAUAAUGAAGAUCGAGCUGGGCAAUUUCACAAAAAUAUGAUUAAGUCUUUUUAUACGGCAAGUCUUCUAAUAGAUGUCCUGACUGUAUUUGGAGAAUUAACAGAUGAAAAUGUUCAACACAGAAAAUACGCAAGGUGGAAGGCAGCAUAUAUUCAUAAUUGUCUAAAAAAUGGAGAAACUCCACAAUCUGGACCUAUUGGAAUGGAAGGGGAAUACUAUGAUGAAAAUGAAGAAUUUGGCUCCCCUGCUCUUCCUGGCCAAGAAUCUCAGGCGUCAUCAUCUACCUACGAGCCAAGCAAUGUGCCCACAAGCAAUUACACUGGCAUACAUAUCCCACCAGGAGCUCAUGCUCCAGCUAACACUCCUGCUGAAGUUCCUCACACUACAGGUAUGACAAGCACUUCAGUUCAACCUACUCCUCAAAAUGUCCCCAUCGUGGAUCCUUCACUUUAUAAUGUUCAGCCAGGAGGGGAAAUUCGUUUGACUCCUGAAGAUUUUGCCAGGGCUCAGAAAUAUUGCAAAUAUGCUGGCAGUGCUUUGCAGUAUGAAGAUCCUCCGCUGCUGUGAUUCCGAGCUUACUAGAAACAUCUCAACCUACGAUUUGAAUCUUCAUGCAUAAUCAGUAAAGAACUGGUACAUAUAUCAUGAGGACCUGGUGCUUUUUAGUCUUCGCCUCAGCCAUGUGGGAGCAGCUGCUUCAUGAGCGCCUCCUGAAGAACUGGGAGAAUGCUGUAAAUGACCCAGUCCUGGUGCAGGGGUGGGGACGGGCUCAUAGAGUUGGCAAUUGUGUCAUUUAAAUUUGCUUAUAGUGUACAGGAUCUGCUUAUUGAUAGGCAGCUGCUGCACAGCUGGAAUAAUAUUUAGCUCAGUUAUUUGAUUAUCAAAAAUGUCCAAUUUUUUAAAUGGAUGGAAUGGUGUACAUUCUAAGCUAAUUUGAUUUCUUUGUUGUCUUAGAGUUACUUGGUUUACAAAUAGGGUAAAAGAUUUUGAGUGUUGCUUUAUUUUCAUACCAUUUUGCCUGUACUUCCUGAUAUUUGCAGUAUUUUUGCCUUUCUUCAUUCCACAGAUCUUAAGGACACCAUAAUAAAACAUGUUUG